AUGACAACACCUGCUGCCCACGACCAAACUUUGCCCGUCACAACCAUUGGCUUCGUGUCGUAUGGGUGGGCUGUUAAGUUACAAGAGAACCUACACCUCUCACCUGUAACUGCACAAUACCAUAUAAAAACACUAGUCGACUGCAGUUGUGUUAUAGAUAACAUAGACGUCUGUAUGAAGACCCUAGUUGCAAAAGAUAUUCUGGCAGUAAAUAACAGUACUCUUUGUUCGACUAUCGAUCUUGAAGUCGAGUUCAUGCUAAGUCUGGUAUUUGAGCAGAUGUCACCAGGAAUGGAUAAUUUACAGCAUCAGAAGGUGGGCUGGGUGAAGGCUGACACGAAAGCCAUCCAAGCGAUCCACACCCACGUCAUCACCCACAACAACCGCGUCUCCGUCAGCCACAGCGACAGGAACACGUGGAUGCUGCAUAUCACGGGCGUGCAAGAGGAAGAUCGAGGCCCUUACAUGUGCCAGAUCAACACGGAUCCGAUGAGGUCGCAGAUUGGCUUCCUGGAGGUGACGGUGCCCCCGGAGAUCGCCGACGAAGGCACCUCCUCCGACGAGAUGGCUCCCGAAGGCUCGAAUAUCCACCUGCGUUGCCGGGCGCGCGGGUACCCGAAGCCGGUGAUCACGUGGUCGCGCGAGGACCAGAAGGCGAUCGUUCUCCGGACCAACGACCCCGCCAACCCGAAGAGGAAAGACAUGACCUACGAAGGGGAAUUUCUCAACCUGACUCAUAUCACGCGCUCGGACAUGGGGCCCUACCUCUGCAUGGCCAAUAACAGUGUGCCGCCGAUAGUGAGCAAGAGGAUUAUGGUGAACGUGCACUUCCGGCCUGUCAUCCACGUGCCAAACCAGCUGAUCGGCGUGCCCAUCGGGAGCGAGACGACCCUGGAGUGUAACUUGGAGGCGUCGCCCAAGUCGAUUCAGUACUGGACCCGCGAUUCAGGCGAGAUGCUGAUUAGCAACAAGGAAUAUAUCACACAUGAAAAACACAGCAAUUAUUACAUGACGAAGAUGACGCUCACGAUCACCCAUUUUCGGAGCCAACACGCGGGGGAGUAUUACUGUACAGCUAAGAAUUCCCUCGGAGAAGCACAAGGCAGGAUUAAAGUCUACGAGAUGGAGCAGCCCACGGACCCCCCGUCGUACUACGAGGAGGAGCUUGACCUGAAGGAGAACGAGGUCGGGCGCAGCGGCUACACGCCCGACAUCUUCACGAACGAGAUUCCCGCGUACGGGCGGCCUCGCCCGUGGGAGGGCGACACCGUGCCGACCAAGUACAAUGACGUCAUCACCAGAGGCGGCCACGGGACCUACGGCGGGCCCAAUCACCGCGCUCCCUCGCAGCCCUCGGUCGAGAAGAAGCACCCGAUUGGCGGAGACCCGAAGGUGGGCAGGCCGACACGCCCACCCAGGUGGGGCUGGGACCAAUCAGGGGCGAGCUGGCUGAGGUUUGCCAACACUUCACUGGUGGCCAUUUUGUGCCUUGUCUGCCUCGCCCUGGCUUGACCUAGCUUGGCCUAACCUGCGGGAGAGAGGUCAACGAAGGAGACAAGGAGGAGGAGGAGGAGGAGGAGACGAGCGCCGCCAAAGGGGCUUCCGGAGAGAGGGAGUGAGGAAGCCACAGGGAUGUUUUAGCAUAUCAUUUUAACCCACGUGGGAGGGCUGUAAAUAUCUUGUAAAUAGCUAUGUAGUCACGUAAAUAUUGUAAAAAAAAAAAAACCCCAAGUAUAAUCAAAUACCAUAUUGAUCGGAGAGUGGAGUAUAUCACCCCAGUGUGAAGUAUCAUGUUAAAGUAUAGUGUGCAGCACUGUAUUGUGGAGUGCAUCAUUGCCCCUCAUCGCAGCUCAUUGACAUCACAUUUUAGUUUAUGGUGUAUAUGGAUAUGAAUAUUGUAAUACAUACAUAUAUAUACAUAUACAUACAUACACACACACACACACACACACACACACACAC